UGGGCAACUUUUAUUCUUCUACUUUUAGCCCAAGAAAAUCCAAGAUUUAUGCUUAGUUGUCCUUCUUUACCUGUGGGUUUCAAUUGUGAAUUGCUUUUAAGAAAGGUCAGUUAUAAUAUAGUGCUGAGAACUGAGAAAUGACUGUAAAAACUGAUAGCUUUAGAGGAAUAGAUUCAGAGGGGGUAAUCCGUGUAAAUGGGCCGGGAAAGAUGAUUCGAAAGAAUUCGAUAAGGUUAAGGAACUUUGAACCUACGAAACUAAUGCUGGAGAGGAACCUGUCGUUCAAGGAUCUUGUUCUGGACAUAGAAAGAUCAUCAAAUGCAAAACCAACGCCGACGCCUACUUCCCUUCAAGAACCAUCCAUCAUGUUUUCUCCUCGCCCUGUUAGUGAGCUUGAAGCAGCCGCAGUCAAGCUCCAGAAAGUGUACAAGAGUUAUAGGACUCGAAGAAACCUCGCUGAUUGUGCUGUUGUGGCCGAAGAGCUAUGGUGGAAUGCCUUGGAUUUUGCGGUUUUGAAGCAAAGUUCUGUUUCAUUCUUCGAUGACGAGAAGCCAGAAAGCGCUGUUUCUCGAUGGGCUAGAGCGCGCACAAGAGCUGCAAAGGUUGGAAAAGGGUUGUCUAAGGAUGAGAAGGCUCAAAAACUUGCCCUACAGCAUUGGCUGGAAGCAAUUGACGCACGGCAUAGAUAUGGCCACAAUUUGCACCUCUACUACGAUGUUUGGUUUCAAAGUGAAAGCUCCCAACCUUUCUUCUACUGGUUGGAUGUGGGAGAUGGGAAAGAAAUAAAUCUCGAAAAGUGCCCGAGGACGAGGUUGCACCUUCAAUGCAUUCAAUAUCUUGGGCCGAAAGAGCGCGAGUGUUAUGAAGUUAUUAUUGAAAACGGGAGGCUUGUGUACAAGCAAAGUGGCAUCUUCGUGGAGACGAUAGAAGGUUCAAAGUGGAUCUUUGUCCUCAGCACCUCAAGAACGUUAUACGUGGGGCAAAAGAAGAAAGGCGUGUUUCAACAUUCGAGCUUUUUAGCUGGUGCAGCUAUCACAGCUGCUGGGAGACUGGUUGCUCAUCGUGGCGUUUUGGAGGCAAUUUGGCCAUACAGCGGUCACUAUCAUCCGACAGAAGAGAACUUCCAAGAAUUCAUUAGCUUCCUAAAGGAGCACCUUGUAGAUCUCUCAAAUGUUAAGAGAUGUGCAGUUGAUGAUGACUCAUUUUCAUUCAAGACAGUCGAUGAAGAGUCCGAUGGGCGAUUAUCUAUGGACGUUUCUGCAGCAAAUCAAUCUGAUGAUGAUAGAAUCGCAUCGUCUAAUACAGAUGGUUCAGUCAGCAGUAGAACAUCUACACUUGAUCACUGUGAAGAUGAGAAGGCAACAGUAUUUGGCUUGGCAAAGCAUUUGCCAAGCAAAUGGUCUACUGGAACCGGACCACGCAUUGUGUGCGUUAGAGAUUACUCACCCGAGCUGCAAUCCAGGGCGCUCGAGCAGGUUAACCUGUCACCUCGAGUGGUAAACGGUGGCUUUAUCAACUAUGGUCCAGUCCCAUCACCCCGGCCUAGCCCUAAGGUCCGGCUUUCGCCUAGGAUUGCACACAUGGGGAUGCCUAGUCCCAGGACUCACAUCCCAGUUGCUUCAAGUUAAGGCAAAUAGAUGGAUAGAGUAACCUAAUUCAAAAAAAAAAUGGAUCCUCUGCUGCACCAAACUGACAAAUUCUCUACUGGUGCUUCUGAACUAACUCCCCCAAAUCUUCAUUCAUCUAUUCAUUCAAUCAAUUUUGUAUGUUUUAAAGCCAGGGCAUAGGUUUUUAGACAAACCAUGUGUUUGUUUUUUGUGGCUCUUUUUGCUUGGAGAUUUAGGUUUGCUUAGUUCUUCAAUUCAUUUUUGUUAAUCUCUUUGAAGAAUGCCAUCAUAAAUCCAAAUUUUUAUGUUCAAAUUUGGUAGAGGCAUGUAGUAUUUCGAAUAAGACUACGUUUCAAGGAUAGUCUCCUUAUGUCAACUAGAAAUUUGUAAUUUUGUAUCUAUUUUAUAUUAUAGAUAUACCUGACCA